UCUAAAGUGUUGUUUUCUUUUAAGAAUUGUAAAAAAGACUCAUUUGACUCUUUAAAUGGUUACAAUUUUAUUUCAUACAGUAAACAACAUUAAUAGUUAACACUCAUAUUUUUCUUUAAAAAGAAAAGAGUAGACCUCACUACUGGUAAAAUAGCCUAAUGGUCUUAAUACUACACAUCCUGAAGAGCAAAUUCUUCUUGAUGUCUGUCACACCUCCUGGUGAGGUGCAUUCUCAAUACAAACUUAAAAGCUCUGUGUGGGAGUUUGAUUGUAUAUGUAACUGUUUUUCAGUAAUUGUCCACUUGAUGUUUGCCAGUUAAGCUAACUGCGUAUCCUAGGUAAAGAAAUUUUGAUGACUUACUAGAGAUCGUUUGUGCGUCACAAAGAUGUUUUAACCAAUUAGCAAAGACCCAUCCAGUCAUUGACAAUGGGCAGAUCUGAGAAGGGUAGGGUAUUUAAAGAGGCUGUGAGAGGAUGGGUUAGAGAUUCAGACAGGUCUGCAAGGUAAGUCAUAGCCUGCACUGGCAUAAAUCAUAUUUCAAUUUCUUUUUGAAUACAUUCUUAAACAAAAUGAACUUUCUUGAGUGAGAAAAUUGUGUUCAAGAUAAAAACGUUAUACAAGUAGUAGUGUAGAUUUUCUUCAUAUUUUAAGCUGGAUUUUUUUUACUUUGCCUAAAACAAAAUGGGGAAAUAAUUUGGGUAAAAAUUCAAAACAGUUUGCUUUUUUAAAUCAUUUAUCUUUUUUCCAAUGCGAACAUGAAGCAAUUUAAAGUUGUUUUCAUUUUAUGUGGACUAAUUUUUCCCUCUAUUUCUUAUAGAUGAAAUUCCAGGUUUUCCAUAUUUCCUCCCCUAUUAAAACCACAGUCUUCUUUUUGCUAGUAUUACUAGUUCAGCCUCCCAGAGUACUGAUGCUGCCACACCAACCCAUGGUUUACCUGCCCAUGCUGGACAGUCCUGAGUGGGAAUCUGCAAUGCUCAAGCUUCAGGCUUCACUAGGAGCUUCAGACAACAGACCGACAUCAGAGCUCCGACCCUGGGAUCUCACUGAGGAGCCUGAGGAGCUUCUAGGGAGGAUGAAGGCAGAACUGGGCUGGGGGCAGAGGAGCAUCGUGAAGAGCCAGAAACGAGAGGAGCUGGGACGGAGACCCAUGGGGACAUUCCCAGACAAUCAUAUAGAGGCUCUACACUAUUCUGAGGGUGGUGAGGAUGAAGAAGAAGAGGGUGGUGAAAAGCGAAACGAGGCCCUCACUUCAAUCGCUGGAGGUUUGCAGGCCUUUAAUAGACAGAAAGGAGGUUUUGGCUUUCGAUUUGGCAGAAAAUGAAGAGAAAGUUCUGUGUUUAUGUUCACAAAAAAAACUCUGGGACAAAUUUAACUCCAGAAGUUAGCUGAACAAAACUUACCUUUAUGGACUUUAUCCACAGAUAAAUAACUCAUUAAUAAAUUAUUACAUACAUUUUUUUCAUUCAAAAUAUGCAAAUAUUUUCAUUUCAUAAGGGUGUGGUGAGGAUUUGGGUUAGUCUAAAGUAGCUUUAUAUAAUUACAGUUGUGCGUUUAUGAGUUUUUUGGGGAAUUACAAAGUAACAAUUGCAAGAAACCCAAACUAUUAGAGAAAAGUUGUCUGUAAAGUCUGUAGGUGGAUUAAAAAAGGAACAGUUCUAGCAGACUAUAGGGAUGCAAUGCCAGUUAAAGUUUUUAAAUGUUCAAUGCCUGAAGUUUAAACAUGCAGUAAUGAUGAAGAAAGUGUUUGCUCCUUGGAGUUGUAUAGUGCUGAAAAUUUUGCAUUACUCCAAUUAUGUGUUGAAGGCUUGAAGCCAACCCAAGUGGCAUUAUUAUACAUUCAAAUCUAAGUAGACUGCUACAGCUUAUUCCAGUGACAAAUAAUGGAUAAAUUACAAGCAAAAAAAUACAAACCAAAAUAAAUUAAAGAGAUAGUUUCUGAGAUUUAAAAAGGGGUCACAUUCUACAUUUCUGUAGCUUUAUUCCAUUGAACAAACUUACCGUGGUUUAAGCCCCGGCUAAGCCAAGCGACAUUUCAGGGUGGAGUUCUCCCUAUGUCAGCAUGGGUUGCCUCCCAGUUAGUUUAAUUGGAAAUGCCAAAUUUCCCUUCCCCUAACAUGUU